AUGCACAGAACGGGGUUCUGUGAUGGCGACGCGAGGCUGGAGAAUAUUCUCCAGCAUCAUGUUGAAACGCGGCGCGCAAACGGGCGUUUCGAGAGUGAUGUGGGAGGUCUGAUAGCAAACUUCCUGCGUCAAGCAGAAAAUCGACAAGACGAAAGACCCGUACCCGCACGAAGACCACGAAUUGAAGUCGAGGAUGCGGAAGAGGAUAUUCCCACUCAACGGAAUAUUCCUGUCAUCGAUAUAACAGUGCAAGUACACGAGAGGGAGGAGAUGAGGAGAGAAAGAGAAAGAUGGGAGAGACCGUCACAGGAAGAGGAGCAGGUAGAUGAAAAUUUAGACGAGGAAGAAGAAGAAGCAAGGGAAAUAAUAGAAGGGGAAAAUAGAGAGGAAGAUGAUGACGAAGAAGACGAAAAUGAAGAAGAAGAGCAGGACGAAAACGGUGUUGAUGAAGAGGAAGACGGCGACGAUAAUGAAGAGGAAGUUCAAAUCGGCGCUAGACUUGACGAAGUGGCUAGAAUACAAAAUUCUAGGGAGAAUGUUGCUGAGCAGAGAUCUCAGCAGCAACAUCAGUUUGCAGCAGCGGCAGCAGUCGCAACAACACCCCAGCAGCAGCAGCAGCAUCAGGUUGGCGACGACUUUUAUUAUAUAGAGCUACGGACGGAAAACGCGCGUAGAUUUAGAAAUUUUGCAAUACUCGGGAGAGAGGCGAGUUUCGCGAUACGGGCAGUACCGGAAGGUAAUAAUACCGUGCAACGGCUGGAAAACGCGUUCCGUGAAAUUUAUAGAUACGCGGUAGGCUCGAGUGAACCGACGGAUUACGUGGGCCUAUCUUUUAUUUCCGAUGGUUUGACGCGCGGACCGGCAGGUUUAUCGUUUCGUCCUGUGUGCGACUUGACUUACGAGGACAUAUGGGGCCUCGUAAGUUCGGUAGCACAAAGCGCAGGCGGAAUUGAUAUCGCGGAAACUUUCACCAUCCAAGUUUUCAACGUCGCGCUACCGAUGGGUCGUGGAAGAAUGUCAAAUCAGUUAACGCGGGAAGACGUCGCCAAAUGA